CCGCCCUGCCCCGGUCCUAUCCCUUAGCUGCCUGACACCCAGAAAGGCGCCCCCGCUGAGACUGCCCAGCUAAAGCCAGGAUGGAGGAUGACCCCACCGUGUUCACCACCCACUCACUGCCCGAAGACCCCCGCCUUUUAGCCACGGUGACUAAUUCGUACCUGGGCACACAAGUGUACCAUCACAUCCUGCAUGUGAGUGGCGUGUACAAUGGAGCUGGAGGGGAUACGCACCGGGCAGACCUUCCGAGUCCUCUCAAUGUCCACCUGGUGGCUCCAGCCUGCCAAGGGGUUUCCAUAGAGGAGACCUUUGCUCUGAACACCAAGACAGGUACCUUUCUCCACACCCUCCGAGGUCCAGAUUUCUUGGCUUCCCACAGAAUCUAUGCCCACCGAGUUCUCCCUCACCUGCUGGUCUCCAGCGUGUCCAUUGGGCGCUUGGGCUCCAGCAGCCAGCCAAUCACUGUGCACCUCCAGGCUGACUUCACCCCCCAUAGUGCCGAUCUGGCUUUGCACCAGGGCCCGGACUUCCGGGGUGCUCGGUACUUAUAUGGCCGCACGCUGGUCCCGGAGGAGCCAGGGGGACCCCAGCCAGAGGUGCAUAUGCUCUGGACCCCGGUUCCUCCGUCACUGACGCUGUCAGAGAAAGAGGAGCAGACGUGGGACUUCCUCACGGUGGUGGGAGGCAGCCAGGAGGAGGCCGAGGGCCAGUUCCUGGAGGCCGCCUCCCUGCAGGAGGCAGGUGCCUUGUAUAGCAGCCAUGCAGAUGCCUGGGGGACGCUCUGGGAGGCCUGUGCCCUGGACCUGGUGGGCUCUUUCCGCCUCCGCCAGGCUCUUCGGGGGUGUCUGUACUACACGCUAAGUGCCCUCCCGCACGAGGGCACCGCGGAACCUUUCCACGGGCUCAGCCCCGGGGGCCUUUCCAAUGGGCGCCAGGGGGAGUGUUACUGGGGCCACGUCUUCUGGGACCAGGAUAUCUGGAUGUUUCCCAGCAUCCUGCUGUUGAACCCAGAAGCUGCCCGGAGCCUCCUGGAGUAUCGAGUCCGGACUCUGGGCGGGGCCUUGCUCAACGCCGAGGAGCUGGGCUUCCAGGGUGCAAAGUUUGCCUGGGAAAGUGCUAGCUCUGGCCGGGAGGUCUGCCCUGAGGAGAUUUAUGGGACCCAGGAGAUUCACGUCAAUGGGGCAGUGAUGCUGGCCUUUCAGCUCUACUACCAGGCCACCCAGGAUCUGCAGCUAUUCCAAGAGGCCGGUGGCUGGGAUGUGGUCAGGGCUGUGGCUGAUUUCUGGUGUAGCCGAGUCACCUGGUGUGCUGAGGAGCAGAAUUACCACCUCCGAGGAGUGAUGCCCCCAGAUGAGUACCACUCAGGCGUCAAUAACUCUGUCUACACUAACGUCAUCGCUCAGACCAGCCUGCGCUUUGCAGCAGAUCUGGCUAGAGACCUGGGCCAGCCAGUCCCUGAACACUGGGCAAAGGUUGCCGAGCAAAUCAAGGUGCCUUUUGAUCCUGAGAGAAAUUACCACCCCGAGUUUGAUGGCUAUGAGCCUGGAGAAACUGUGAAGCAGGCUGAUGUGGUCCUCCUGGGCUAUCCAGUGCCCUACCCCCUGAGCCCAGAUGUUCGGAGAAAAAACCUGGAGAUCUACGAAGCCGUGACAUCCUCCGAGGGCCCUGCCAUGUCUUGGAGCAUGUUUGCUGUGGGCUGGAUGGAACUGAAGGAGGUGCAGAAGGCCCAUGCACACCUCAGGAAAUGUUUCUCCAACAUCUCAGAGCCCUUUAAGGUGUGGACAGAGAAUGCAGAUGGUUCCGGUGCUGUGAACUUCCUGACAGGGAUGGGAGGCUUCCUUCAGGCAGCCCUAUUCGGAUUCCCGGGGUUCAGGAUCACCAGGGCUGGGCUGACCUUUGACCCCACAUGUUCGGCCGAGGUCCUGUCCAUGAGCAUCACUGGGAUCUCCUACCUGGGGAACAAGCUCCAUUUCUCCUUCUCGGAGGAGACUGUGACAGUUAGCCUGACUGCCUCGGGGCGGGGAGGGGCCCCUCCCCUGGAGGUUCAACUGAGGACUUCUGGGAAGCGGCUCCCCCUGACCCUGGGACACAAGGUUUCCUUCCCCAUCACUGCUGGGAGGAUCCAGAGAUUGCCCUCAUAGGAAACCAGGGAAGCGGACCUGCAGGAGCCCCUCAAGCGCCAGGAAGAGAGGGAUCAUUCUCUCUCUCUCUCUCUCUCUCUCUCUCUCGCUCUCUCUCUCUCUCACACACACACACACACACACACACACACACACACACCCCUGACUGGGGGGGGCUGGGGCAGUGUCCUCUGCUGACAUCCCCUCCUACCUCCCCCCCCAUCAGUCCACUGCCAAGGCCUCCUCAACCUGUUGCCUUCUUUCCACACCCCUGGUGGGCGAGGGAGUCGGGGUGGGACAGGGACAGGCCCACUGCCUCUUCUAACUUGCCUCUGACACCAGCCUCUCCUUCCCAGAUCCAUCUGAUGUAGAGGCACCCUCCUAAAGUGUAGUUCACCCCCCUCCCUAACCCUUAUUGACCCUCUGGUGCCUACACAAUGAAACCUGAAUUUCUGACCAUGGCAUUCAAGGCCUCCAUCUCCAGUAUGCUGGCUGCCCAGUUUUCAACUCUGUACCCUCACUCCGUGUUCCAUAGGUAUGGAAUGGCUUCCCCACCUCCACUGCCCACCUUGGCCACCUGCUCUGAGGCUGUGAUUGGCCUCUCCCCCUCAGUCAGCCUCUCUUUUUCCCCUUCUCUCUGUCUUGUUAUCUGUGUACUUGUGUGGACAGCACCUCCUCCAUCCCACCCUUGGGGCCUGCACAUAGCAGGAGCUCAAUAAAUGCUGACGGGAGACUUGAA